GCGUGGAGCGUGCGGGGGCCGCGCGCUGCCUCUCAGAGGCCGGACGGCACUGCCGGGAGGCGGCGGUGACAACGACGGCGGCGGUGACGGGCGCCGCUCCGGGGGUGAGGCACCAUAACCCAGUUGAACUCUGCGUCCAAAGCCCAAGAUUGAAGAAGAAAGACCAGACAUAUUGACUAACCUGGAAACAGGGACAUCUUUGGAACUUUGCUUUCAUCCUGAGUUAUUUUUUAAAGUAUCACGUGGAAUUGAUUUCUUCAUCUUUUUCUGCUUAUUGGGAAGAAAUGGCUUCAAGGAUUUUAAGUUUUCCUUCAGUUUUGCAUGAACUCUGUAGGAAACGGAGCCCUUGAAGGGCUUGGGAAUAACAAGAAGAGAUCGAAGACAGACAAGCUUGCUCUCUGUUUUCUCUCUUCUUCAAAGAAAAGUGUUUACAACUCAACUCGUAACAGCUGUGGUCCAGCAUUAGCCAUCAAGAGAGAAAUAAAUAAAAUUAACCCACCAUUGCCAGACUACAAACCCUGGUGAAGUCAAGGUGUGGGAGUGGUGGCAUUGAGAAGACUGCCUAAAACGGACAAGGACUACAGUUAAAACAGUUUCUCUUUCAAGCUGGAAGGGUCCGCAGGUUCCUUCUUGGAUAAAAAUACACAGUGCACACCUCUUUUAGGUGCUGCUCACAUUUUGUGGAAGUGUAGUAGUCGUGGAGGUACUAUAGUAUCUCCUCAGGAAUUUUUCCGUGCUCAGAAUUUUCUGGCCUGCCUUGAUAUUUUCCCUUUCUUUUGAAGAUCUGCCUCCAUCCAUGAGCUGUACCUUGAUCUGUCUGACUGUCCAUGUUCUCUACCGGCAGCCAUUUGCAUGUGUACAACCUACUGUUUGUGUCCAAUUUUUAAGCUGUACAAGUUGUGUUUCUUAAUCUCUUCUGCUUUGUUCUGGGGAAGUGGUUAUUCAUCAUUUGGAAUCACCUUUCCCCCUCCCAUAUGCUUUCCUUCAUUUGAGAUCUUUUGACCUUCAGUUUUGUUUGGGAGGGGGAAGGGUGAUAAUUCUAAAUUUUUGGUUUCCCUGUUUUUCUUUGUACUCCUCUCUGUUGGUUCCCUUAUCCCAUUUUCUUGUCCGUUCUGCCGCUGUGUGGGCCUGGGCUAUGCGGCAGGGCAGAUCUCCCUUCAGAGCUCCAACAUGCCCGCAGAGUCUGGAAAGAGAUUCAAACCCAGCAAAUAUGUCCCGGUCUCGGCAGCCGCUAUCUUCUUAGUGGGAGCUACAACACUCUUCUUUGCUUUUACGUGUCCAGGACUAAGCCUGAAUGUGUCACCUGCAGUGCCCAUCUACAAUGCAAUUAUGUUUCUCUUUGUUCUGGCCAAUUUCAGCAUGGCCACCUUCAUGGACCCAGGCAUUUUCCCUCGAGCUGAGGAAGAUGAGGACAAGGAAGAUGAUUUUCGAGCUCCCCUUUACAAAACAGUGGAGAUCAAGGGCAUCCAGGUGCGCAUGAAAUGGUGUGCCACCUGCCGCUUCUACCGUCCUCCUCGGUGUUCCCACUGCAGUGUCUGUGAUAAUUGUGUGGAGGAAUUUGAUCAUCACUGCCCCUGGGUGAACAACUGUAUUGGUCGCCGGAACUACCGUUAUUUCUUCCUCUUCCUCCUCUCCUUGACAGCCCACAUUAUGGGUGUAUUUGGCUUUGGCCUCCUUUAUGUCCUCUACCACAUAGAGAAACUCUCAGGGGUCUGCACGGCUGUCACAAUGGCAGUGAUGUGUGUGGCUGGCUUAUUCUUCAUCCCUGUAGCUGGCCUCACAGGAUUUCAUGUGGUGCUGGUGGCUAGGGGACGCACAACCAAUGAGCAGGUUACGGGUAAAUUCCGGGGAGGUGUGAACCCUUUCACCAAUGGCUGCUGUAACAAUGUCAGCCGUGUUCUUUGCAGUUCCCCAGCACCCAGAUAUUUGGGAAGACCAAAGAAAGAGAAGACAAUUGUAAUCAGACCUCCCUUCCUUCGGCCAGAAGUGUCAGAUGGUCAGAUUACUGUGAAGAUCAUGGAUAAUGGCAUCCAGGGAGAGCUGAGGAGAACUAAGUCUAAGGGAAGCUUGGAGAUAACAGAGAGCCAGUCUGCAGAUGCCGAACCUCCGCCUCCUCCUAAGCCAGACCUGAGCCGUUACACAGGACUGCGAACACACCUUAGCCUGGCUACUAAUGAAGAUAGCAGCCUUUUGGGCAAGGACAGCCCCCCGACACCAACCAUGUACAAGUAUCGGCCAGGUUAUAGUAGCAGCAGUACGUCAGCCGCCAUGCCUCAUUCCUCCAGCGCCAAGUUGAGUCGUGGGGACAGCUUGAAGGAGCCAACCUCAAUUGCAGAGAGCAGCCGUCAUCCCAGUUACCGCUCAGAGCCCAGCUUGGAACCAGAGAGCUUCCGUUCUCCUACCUUCGGCAAAAGCUUUCACUUCGAUCCACUUUCCAGUGGCUCACGUUCCUCCAGCCUCAAGUCGGCCCAGGGAACAGGCUUUGAGCUGGGCCAGUUGCAGUCCAUUCGUUCAGAGGGUACCACUUCCACCUCCUAUAAAAGCCUGGCCAACCAGACACGCAAUGGAAGCCUGUCUUAUGACAGCCUGCUUACUCCUUCAGACAGCCCUGAUUUUGAAUCAGUACAGGCAGGGCCUGAGCCAGACCCACCUUUAGGCUACACCUCUCCCUUCCUGUCAGCCCGCCUGGCCCAGCAACGGGAAGCCGAGAGGCAUCCACGUUUGGUGCCAACAGGUCCACCACACCGAGAGCCCUCACCAGUCCGUUAUGACAAUCUGUCGCGCCACAUUGUGGCCUCCCUCCAGGAACGAGAGAAGCUGCUGCGCCAGUCACCCCCGCUCCCAGUCCGUGAGGAAGAACCAGGCUUGGGAGACUCAGGCAUUCAGUCAACACCUGGCUCAGGCCAUGCCCCUCGUACGAGUUCCUCCUCAGAUGAUUCGAAGAGAUCACCAUUGGGCAAGACUCCACUUGGACGCCCAGCUGUCCCCCGUUUUGGCAAGCCAGAAGGGCUAAGGGGCCGGGGACUAGGGUCCCCUGAACCAGGUCCAACUGCCCCGUAUCUGGGCCGUUCAACGUCUUACAGCAGCCAAAAAGCGCCACCUGGUGUCUCUGAGACAGAGGAAGUAGCCUUGCAGCCAUUACUGACGCCCAAAGAUGAAGUACAGCUCAAGACCGCCUACAGCAAAUCCAAUGGGCAACCCAAGAGCAUAGGCUCAGCCUCCCCUGGCCCGGGCCAGCCAUCUCUCAGUAGCCCCACAAGGGGAGGAGUCAAGAAAGUGUCAGGAGUGGGUGGUACCACCUAUGAGAUUUCGGUGUGAGCCUUCAGCGCCUCCCCUUCCCCACACCUCUGCGCCUACACCAAAGGGCCCCAGGUGGCCACCUUCCUUCCCUCAAGGGGCUCCCCUCCCCUGCACGGACAUUUUUUAAAACACUGAUUCCAAGAGGAUGAGGAGCGUUUUAUAAAAUGCAACAGGGUUGGGGAGUCGGAGAGUUGGGGCCCUGAGACUGGGGUAGCAACCCCCCCUUUUACCUUUUAAGACCUUCCUUUCCCUAAUCCCUGGACCAGACUCAGUGGACAUUUGUGCAAUUGCUCGCCCUGGAGGGAACCAGAUCAUUUUUAAACCAGAAAUAAUUUUUUUUAUUAUUGUUA